CAGGACUACGAUAAGUGUCUGAGAUAAGACAAUGGCGACCACCAGUUGGUUCCCACUGAUAUUUGUGCUGUUACAUAUAGCUGAAGGUCUUGUAGGAGAUGGUCAGCUUUGUCUCAGUUGUGAUAAGGUGGUGCUGCCUCGUGACUGUGGACACGUAACAAGAUGUGGCGUUCACGAGAAAUGUGUUACAACAAAAUAUGUGACCAGUAGUGCGGUAAUCUGGUACAGAUUAGGAUGUAAGGCAGCACAUACGUGUGGUGGUUCAUCGAGCAAUGGCCGCCGUAUGUCUGUAGGGGUCGAUGAAGCCGCUUUGUGUGUUGGUUGCUGUAACGAUACUGCACUUUGUAACCAGCAUGGGUGUGGAACAUUAGGUUUUGAUUCUCACAAUAAGAUAUGCUACAAUUGUGCUCAACACAGAACUCCGAAUUCUUGUGAUGACGUGACAGUGUGUAGCCAGGACCAGACGUGUUUCAUAUCAAAAACAGCCUUUGGUCCAGAUAGCCUCUACACCAGUGGAUGUUUGCCUGUAUCGCAAUGCGCCCAGUCUGACAUCUCAAGGUGCUGCCAUUCCUCCCUCUGCAAUAAUAAUUUAAAUGUAUCGAUGACGUCAUCGAGUGUCCCCAGCAUUGGCACUACACUUCCCACGACAACACGUGCAGUUACCACAGUGACAUCUCGAACGACAAAGACCACAGCUGCCAGCUGUGCCUCAGGUUGGAUAUCUGAUAUUUACAAUAACGUGAAGUACUGUAGACAUGAGGAUACAGGGCUGACAACCUGGCACGCCGCUAAGGCCAUUUGUGAGCGGGCCAACACUCACCUACCAAUCGUCGAGUCACAAGAUCAACUAGAUUUCAUUCACUCGCUACUGAAAGACCGCCAACAAAAAACAUUUAGAAACGGUAAUAUCGUCAUUUUACAGUAACUAAAUGGUUAUCAUAUACGAUCAGUUUCAAUAGUUUAAACAGA